AUGAACAUUACGCCAGCUGCUAUGGACUCAAAUUUGAUCAGAAAGGAGCCACUGGUAGCUGCUAAAAAGACUCGUAAUUGCAAGAAAAAGCGACAUAGAGAGAUACCUGCGACACCUGUGGCUUCUGCGUCGGUGAUGAAUACGUCGUUGAGUCUAGAAACGCUCGAGAAGGCUGAAUCGAGCUCAUUUCAGAGCAUGGAUGGCUCCAAUUCUACAGUACGUCGCUCUUUUUCGCCUCGUAGUGGCAGUAGUAGCCAACGAUCUAUUAGUGGAGAAGAGGAGGAGGAGGAAGAGGUGGAAGAAGACUAUGAAGAAGAUGAGUACUCGUCCGAGAGUGAGGAUGAAGGUGACAGCAGCUAUAAACCAGGAGGUUAUCACCGUGUACAGAUUGGUGAAGUAUACAAUCGGAGAUUUGAGGUGCUGGAAAAGCUUGGAUGGGGACAUUUCUCUACUGUGUGGAAGUGCUUGGACCGGCAAACACGCAAUACAGUCGCCAUGAAGGUGCAAAAGAGCGCACGUCAUUAUAUGGAAGCUGCUAGAGACGAGAUUGAACUGUUGGAAUACUCAGUGCGAGCAGCGAAGGAAACAUUUGAGUCAACGGAGCAGCAAGAAGCAAUCAAGGUCGUUUGUCUUGUCGACUCGUUUGAACAUAAGGGUCCUAAUGGCGUGCAUAUAUGCAUGGUGUUCGAAAUGAUGGGAGAUAACUUGCUGACGCUUAUUAAGUACUACAACUACCGGGGAGUGCCCUUGAGGCUAGUUCAGCGUCUUACGAAGGAUAUGAUGGAAGGACUGGAUUUUCUGCACAAAAAGUGUCAGAUUAUUCACACUGAUCUGAAGCCCGAGAACGUGUUGCUCUCACAUCGUAUCCCGCAGCUUCCAAAGAUUCGGAAGUCAGAGUGGGAUACGUUCCGCGCAAUGCGUCUUGCUCGGCGUAAUACGGCACCGAAAUGUCAAAAGAUGAAAAAAAAGCGUCUGAAGAAUCGACUAAAAAAGAAAAGGCAGAAGCUAAAAAAACAGGGUGGAACGGCUAAGCGCGAAGCUUUCAUGAACGAUGAUGCUGCAAGUGGCAAAAUGGACAUCACUGCACGUCCCGCUGUACUUACCAAUAGCGGUUCGUGUGUGGAUACCCUGAGUAGCAGAAUGUCACAACUCGUGGUUUCUUCAAGCGCUGGGAACAACAUACUAAUUGACACAGUGCUCAAACUAAAUUUUGCUGGAGAUGCCAAUGAGACCGUCAAAGAGGACACGUGUACAUUACCAGAUCCAACGCGAAUAUGGUAUCACCAUGUUGGGCAGCUUGGCGACGAAGAAGAUAAAGACUGGGUGAACUUGCCUCCGGCAUUUGCGGCACGAGUAAUGCUUUUGCUUCCAGAGGGCUGUGUCGCUGGCUCAAAGCACAAAGAGCGUGAGUUUACUUUGACUGUGGCGACCAAGUCAAUGCAGCCAUCAGGAGAAAGUGUGAACGAUGAAAAGGAAAAUGAAACAGUCGAGACAUCGUUUGUCUUACGGUAUCUGGAUCACGUGGAUGACGACGUGAUAAGAUCGAUUGAAGAACAGGUUGUCGGUCUGCAUGAAUGCAGCACAUUUCAAAAACGCAUCGCUUUAACUAAAACGAUGUACCGGGUAUGGAGACUUGAGUUUGAUGCAAGGUAUACACACGCUGUGUUAGACUAUUUGGAACGUCGUAUCGAAGGCCUUCAUUUCUUGACCUUAUCGCAUUCUUCAUGCCUUGCGCUUCCUGGAUUCUUUCUCCCGAAGCCGCCUAGCAAUGAUGAUAUUAUAAAGAAGAGUACAGUGAAGACCAAGAAAGCUGGCAAGGAUGACACUGGGCCUGAUGUCGUCAUACAGGGCAUCAGCCUUGCACCGCUAAUUCGAUCAUCCGAAAAGAAUCUGAAAGUCAAACCGCUCCAGCAACGACUCAGCUGUUGGGCUUCGCGUUUGAAUGAGCUGGCAAGCAGUGAAGGGUUUGACCUCAUGAAACUUAAUGCAAAGAUCUGCGACCUUGGCAACGCGUGCUGGACUACUAAGCAUUUUACGAACGACAUCCAAACACGUCAGUACCGGUGCCCUGAGGUCAUCCUUGGCAAGCCUUACGAUACAUCAGCAGAUAUUUGGUCCAUGGCAUGCUUUGUGUUUGAGCUGCUGACAGGAGACCUUCUUUUCGACCCAAAAAGUGGUCGCAAUUUUAAUCGCGACGAGGACCACCUGGCUCAAAUGAUUGAAUUGCUGGGUCGUAUGCCGAAGUCGUUGAGCGGCUCUCAGCGCGGUUUGCGCGAGUUUUUCAACCGUAAGGGCGAUUUGAAGAGAAUUCGCAAUCUGAAGUUUUGGAGCUUGCAACAAGUGCUUAUCGAGAAGUAUCACUUUUUGCAUCAUGACGCAGAAUGCCUUGCAUCGUUCUUAGGCCCCAUGCUACGCUACGAGCCGUCAAAGCGUGCUACAGCCCACGAUUGUCUCGCACACCCGUGGCUUGCCGAUGUGGAUGACAUUGUGGAGAAGGAAGAAUGCCUCGGGUAG